AUGGCUGCUUUAGUGUAUAUAGUGAUUUUAUUGGCCCUGACUGGCCAUUCAAGUGCUACUUAUUGCAUAUGUAAAGAUGGAGUUGGUGACUCGGCCCUCCAGAAGGCACUGGAUUAUGCUUGUGGAGCUGGAGCUGACUGUUCUCCUAUCCUUCAAAGCGGUGCGUGUUUCCAACCCAACACUAUCAAAGAUCACUGCAACUAUGCUGUCAACAGCUAUUUCCAAAGGAAGGGCCAAACUGCACAGAGCUGCGAUUUUGCAGGCGCUGCUACACAGAGCCCAACUGCUCCAACCUCAAGUUCCACUUCCACUUGUGUUUAUCCUUCAAGUACCAGCCAAGCGGGAACUGGCUCUACAAACUCAACCACGACUCCAAGCACAACUCCAAGCACAACUCCGAGCACAACUCCGACAACAGGCACAACUCCAACCACAGGAACCACUCCAACCACGGGAACCACUCCAACCACAGGAACCACAUCUCCCUCAUCAGUGUUUGGGAUAAGCCCCACCGGGAGUGGCACCCUCACUGACAAUACUGGUGGUGUGGCUUCUAUGAAAGGCACAAACUGCUUGUUUUGCUCUCUGGCUUCAACUCUCUUCUUCUCAGUGUUUUUGCUGCUGUGGGGUUAA